CGCGAGUGGCAGGAUGGCGUGGCAGCCCAUGGAGAUCAACCUGGAGAUGCUGAACAAAAUACUCCAUCGCCUAGGGGUUGCCCCUGGCUGGCAAUUUGUGGAUGUCUUAGGGUUUGAGAAAGACAUCUUGAGUGCUGUGCCGACUCCAACUUGUGCAGUACUUCUGCUCUUUCCCCUUACGGCUCAGCACGAAAACUUCAGAAAAAAGCAGAUUGAAGAACUGAAGGGCCAAGAAACGAGUUCAGAUGUCUACUUUGUGAAGCAGGCUGCCAGUAACUCUUGCGGAACCAUUGGCUUUAUCCACGCAGUAGCUAAUAAUCAAGAUAAAAUACGAUUCGAUGAAGGAUCUGCACUAAAAGAAUUCCUCACUGCGACAGCUGGGCUGUCUCCAGACGAGAGAGCAAAACAUCUGGAGAACAACAAGGCCAUUCAAGAAGCCCACAAUGCAGUUGCCCAGGAGGGUCAAUGCCGGGUUGAAGAUGACAAGGUGAACUUCCAUUUCAUUCUGUUUGCCAGCGUAGGCGGACACCUCUACGAACUGGAUGGAAGAAUGCCAUUCCCUAUCAAGCACGGAGCCAGUUCAGAGGACGCCAUGCUCAAGGCAUCAGCCGAGAUCUGCCAGCAAUUCACCCAACGUGAGCAAGGAGAGGUGCGUUUUUCUGCCGUGGCCUUGUGCAAGGCUGCUUGA